AUGGGCGGCCUCUGCAGCAAACAAGACGCUUCCCAAGAAGCCUCCCCGCCCGGCCGCCGCCUCGGCUCCGCCCCCCCCGCCGCCCGCAGAACCACCUCCUCCGUGCCCCCCAAGGUCGGCGGCCCGCCGCGCACCCUGGGCUCCGGCGCCGGCGCAUCACAACAACCGCCACGGCCACCGCCAGCAUCCUCCGGCGAGUCGUCCUCCACCCACGACGACGCCCGGAGGAGGGCCGCCGAGGCAGCAGAGGCCCGCGCCCAAGCUGCCGGCAAAGGCGGCAAGUUGCAAUCCCAGCUCUCCGCCCAAAAGAGACAAUCGCGGUCCGACGCCAUGAAGCGGGCCAGCGCCCAGGAACAGCGCGUCCGCGACGCCGACGACGCCGUUCGCGCCCGCAACUGGGACUAG